UCACACAGUGUGCUUCUCCUCGGAGAUGUGGAGUAGCCGAAAUUUCGGGUGGCUGUGCGUCUUGGAGUCGGAGCUGCUCUGCAAAUUUCCGUGUAAAUUAUUCACUGGCCGUAGUUUAACUUGAUUAAAAUCCCGGAUUGUAUAAAACUCAAUUACCGUUAUUAAUGUAUAUUCAAUUAAAACGUUAGCUUAUAUUUAUUGCGACGAUUCGCAAGCCGUUUGAAAUCCGUAAUAAUGUAAUCAUUUCAUUUUAUCGCAAAAAUUGAGUGACAACACAUAAUAAUUAUUUAUACAUACGAAUAAUACUUCUAGGAUUUGAUUGACACAUGAUAAUUGCACUUUACGCAUCAAAUCCUUGUCACGAGGUUUGAGGACGAUUUUGUGCUCCGAAAAAAUUGUUAUUCAAAGUGCAGUAUUUUGGUAUUUUUUUUUUUUUGUUUUUGAAUUACCAUACCUCGAUCGUCGACAAACAUAAAUCUGGAAUGACUAGAAUACAAUAUCAUCAGCAUAUUACAAAUCCAUACAAAAAUAUUGUAGCUCGUAUGCAUGAUGAAAGAUUCGUUAAAAAAUUUGUGGAAGACAGAUGUUUCGAGAAUGACAAGAUUAAGUGUAUGAUUAACGCAAACGGCAUGAAUAAUAAAUGUUUCAAGAACAUAUCCAAUCCAAAGCUUGCAGCAAGUCGCAUUUAAACUGCGUUCAGAUAUGCAAUGCGGGAAUUCGACGAUACGUUGAGUAGAAACAGAAGAGAAAUAUAGGAGUGUAUCAUCUUAAGGAUUUUCACAUAGAAGAUUGAAGCACGCGAAGGUGCCGGUAAUAAAACGAUCGUAAAAUUGUAGCUCAUGACGGCAAGACAUAACGAUGGUGCUACAACGAUUGUCCUUGUAUUUGUCCUAUUACUCAACGUCAUGCUACAGAUCGAGUGUUUAGCCGGCAUCGAGACGGAUAGCGUAGGAAAAACUGGACAAGAAUCUGCCGAAAAAUCACCGGCAUUUGUCGAAAACGAUUUGUUAGCCCCCAUGAGUUUUGGGACUAAUAACUCUACAGUAAUAGUCGCACAGACUGGAUCAAAUGCUCUCGUACCAUGCAUCGUGAAAAAUAUCGGCGACAGUAUGCAUGUAUCGUGGAUAAGAAGAAGAGGCGUCCAGCAAUUGUUAACCGUCGGUUUAACGACGUAUGCGAGCGAUGAGCGUUUCCAGGCGAUACAUUUUCAACACAGCGAAGACUGGACGCUUCAAAUAAAAUACGUUCAGCAACGUGACGCAGGAAUUUACGAAUGUCAAGUGUCUACACACCCUCCGUCCAGCAUAUUUCUAUUGCUACAGGUGGUCGAUGCACACACGGAAAUAGACGGGCCGAUGGAAAAAUUCGUCAGACCCGAUAGCACGCUGUUGUUGCACUGUGUUGUUAAAAAAUCGACCGAGAUACCGUCAUUUUUUUUUUGGUACCAUAAUUCUCGUAUGGUGAACUACGAUACCGAUCGAGGAUAUAACGUUAGCACAGAUUUAUCGGGAAAAGAAAGUUGGCUAGAAGUUUCCAGAGCGACGUCACAUCAUUCCGGAAAUUAUACAUGCGUCGCCAGUAACGCGAAAUCGACGCGUGUUCUAAUACAUAUAUUCAACGGGGAUAAUCCAGCGGCAAUGCAGCAUAGUGCAGCCGCAUCUUCUACCAUAAAUUUAUAUCCUCUAUAUCUUGUUAUUACGGUUGUCCUUAAUAACUUUAUCGCUGCGGUUUUAUCGCGGCGCGUACAUACGUCCAAUGAAAAUAUCAAAAUUAAAUACUUUCGAUGAGAAAACUAAUAAAGUAUGAACUCCCAGCACGAGUCGUCGUUAUAAAUUCUGAAAUAUUUAUGAUAUAAAGUUGAAGUUCGCUUAAAGUGGAUAAAAUCAUAAACUUGAGAUAUUCCAUUUUGAAACCGAUAACAUGUACAACGGUGUCGUGAAAGUUUUGAAAAACUAUUGCGAUUAAUCAAAAUGAAAUUACAUCUCAUUGUUUAACGAACAACUAUACAUAUAUAUUGGGAAUUCCAUGCGGGCUCGACCAACGUCUGACCGUCAGCAUUGCUGAUUUUGUUUAAAAAAAUUUCUGCUAUUGUCUCAACUCGGAAACAGUAUUCUCAAAAUUCUC